UUGGGUGUCCCAAUGGUGACAAUGCCAGGAUGGAGUGAUCAACAAACGAAUUCUAAACUCGUUGAAGAUGCUUGGAAGGUGGGAGUCAGAGCUAAGGUUGAUGAGCAUGGAAUUGUGAAAAGAGAAGAGAUUGCCCUUUGCAUAAAAGAAGUGAUGGAGGGAGAUAGAGGCAGAGAAAUGAAAAUGAAUUCCAAGAAAUGGAAAGAGCUGGCUAUCGAGGCUACAAGCGAAGGUUGCAACUGCCCUGACUUCAUCUCUAUAAUGCCUCUCUAUUGUGUUUGAGAGACAAGAAUUGGAAAAAAAAUGGUCAAGGAAAAACGAGCUAGGGGAAGCUAUGUCCUAGUACUCCCUUUGCCUCUGCAGGGUCAUAUAAACCCAAUGCUGCAAUUUUCCAAACGUCUAACCUCAAAAGGCCUCGAAGUCACGUUCAUCAUCACCCCUUCUAUUGCCAAGUCUAUGCAAGGCCAAGAUAGUUCGAUCAAUUUGGAACCAAUCUUUGAUGGAUCCAAGGAAAGUCAAAUGGCGGCAAACAUUGAUAAGUAUUUCGACCGUUACAUGCUCACAAUACCUCACAGCUUAUCCAAACUCAUUGAUAGAUAUAAUGUUACUGCUGUUCUUUAUCAUGCCGCUCAGGGGGCAUUUCAAGUUCCAGUAGUAGAGUCUGAUCAGGCAGCCGUGUCCUUGCCUUCGUUGGAAAAUUCGGAGUUCAGCGAUCUACCAUCAUUUGUUAGUGAUGCAGGUUCAUAUCCAGCUAUACGAGAACUCCUCCUCGGUCAGUUCUCAAAUUUUCUUGAAGCAAGAUGGCUGAUAUGGAACAACUUUAAUGAGCUUGAAGUAGUGAACUGGAUGAGAAUCAAUAAAUGGCCAAUCAAAACAAUAGGACCAAUGAUUCCAUCAAUCAUCUUAGACAAGCGGUUGGGAGAUGCUUCAUGACUCAUUGUGGGUGGAACUCAACACUCGAGGCAUUGAGCUUAGGAGUGCCAAUGGUGGCGAUGCCACAGUGGACUGAUCAACCAACAAAUGCUAAGUAUAUCACUGAUGUUUGGCAUGUAGGACUUAGAGUAAAUGUAAAUGAAAAGGGGAUUGUCACAAAAGAAGAGGUAGAAGGUGCAUAAGGGAAGUCCUGGAAAGUGAAAGAAGCAAUGCGAUGAGAGGGAAUUCUGAUAAAUGGAAGAAAUUAGCCAAAACGGCAGUAGAUGUAGGUGGAAGCUCUGAUAAGAAUAUUGAAGAGUUUGUAACUGAGGUUGCGUGCAAGUCCCAAAGGUAUCAUAGAGUGAGGCACUAGCUGCCUUGAUCUGCUACUAUAAGAUGUUACAGGCAUAUCAAUACAUUCAUUUCUACAUUUUAUGAGCUUUUCAUUCUGUUCUUGUAAAAUACUUUGUAGACACCAACGCAUCUUCAUGGGGUGAUUGUGAAUUCACAGAUGAGCUAGUAAAAGAUGUUACUGACAUCAUUACAUUUCAUCAGAAUAUCUCAUGAAUCAACAUUACUGCUUUCUGGUGCUUGAA